GGACUAUAGAUUUAUUUAAAACCAACAAAUCGAUAUAGAUUGUGAAGGGCGGUCUUGUGAUAAGGAAAAACAGCCACCAUGUGACAUUACAGAUGUCGUCCUUGAAUAUCAGAGAGUUCCACCUGUAUAUAGAUUUAAGUCAACUUCAGCACCAGCAGAAGAGCUCCGAGACAGCAAUGAUAAUAACGUUACAGAUGAUAAUUUGAGGUGACACACAGGACAUGGCGAACUCCGAUUCGGACGAUGAGAGACGGCCCAUCAGGUACACUACCCCAGCCUUGGCGCCUAAUGUGGCCUACCUCCGACAGCCUCCCAGGAACUACCGGAUCGGGGCAAUACUCUCCGCCAUCUUGUGUUUCUUUCCUAUUGGAAUACUUAGCAUAAUAUCAUCUCGAAAGGUGACAAGAGCAUUGGAGAUAGGCGACCAUGGCGGGGCAAUGGCAGCGUCCGAUAGGACACGCCUCCUCAUUCAGAUCACUGUGAUAGUAGGCGGUCUGAUUUGGUUCGGUGGAUUGCUGGGAAUCAUAUAUGUAUCGACGAAAGACAGCUAGCAUAGGACAACUUCGUCCCAUAAUCUCUGGAAGGGUGACAUUCUCAAAUGGCUCCCUGUGUAGGCUUAUUCAAGCUUUCCCAGCCAAACGGCGUGCAUUCACAAUCGCAGUAACUUUCACAAAUGUGUUUUCCUCAAUGGAGCAACUUAUAUUAAGCGUUUAACUAGUCAACUACAAUAUAUAUCGACUAUCUGCUGAUUUACAUAAUCAUGGAUUUAUUGUGUUUGCUAAAGUGACAUAUACAAUAUGUUAAGCUACAUCAAAAAUUGCCAAAGUCGGAAGUUUGAGCCAAAAAGACACUUGCUAUGUUAACAGGUUGUGCUUCAUGUCUGCGAAAUGUACACCCUGUUACAAUAUAUUGUGUGAUAGCAAAUAGCUUUUCUCUGAUUGGAACAUUCCUGUAGAUGUAGUGACGUCAACAUUUAUAGAUAUAUUCUAUUUUUGCCAAGUAAAAAAGAAUUCCAUAUGAUUUUGAUAUAUACCCAUUUUUUUCAUAUUUACCCAUAUUUUUACUGCUGAACUAUCUUUUAUAUUGUCUAAUUUACCAUUAGCUGUUUUUAUAGACACGUUUCGUGUACAAAGCCGGCUUGGGCUUCCAAAUGUGCACGUCAACAUCAAUAUCAUUACAGUAUAUAAGACGCCAUUUCCUGUCUUGGAUUUAAUAUCGCUGACAUGAUCGUCACAUUUUGCUGUUUGCCAACUAAAAUGUACACAUAUCAUUUGACUAUGACGUCACAUUGGCAGAAACGUAUCACCUCUGAUUUUGAUGUAAGCCAACUAACGGACAGUCCCAAAUCUGAAUUGACAGUGUAAAUGAUGCUACUGGUGUGUUACUGUGAGAAAAUUAUGAUAAAUGUGCUGACAGGACAUAAGUUGAGUUUUUGUAUAUGUAGACUUAAAGAGAUGUUUAUGUGUUGACCGCUAAGAUAGACAUGUAUUGAUUCCAUGUAUGUGCUUCCCUUCUUACAUCGCCAUAACCCCUUUAUAACGCCAAUAUGUCGCGUGACAAAUGGUGGCAGUGUAACUGGACAUUGUGAUGACGACACAAAAGGCUCGUGAUGUUUGUAUUUCUAGUUACCUCAUUAAAUUUCAUUUAAAGCAUAUGUAGAGAUUUACGGAUAGAGUCAACAAUUUUAAAGGGAUAUGGAUAUUCUACCCGAGGGUGCAGAGUUCGGGUCACAAUCGAGGGUUUGCUGAGGUUCUGACAACAAAGUCUACACUCGAAGGUAGACUGUCCAUAUCCCACACACCCACGUAUAUAAGUAGUGUUUGGCUCUUUUCCUUCCACCUCUUAACCUGAAGUUUCGUAAAAUAGGACACAGACAAUGAAAAUGCAGCAUUAAAUACACACAGCAAAAAUUCAGUAAGAUCCAUACAAGAUCUUCAGGGGAAGCUUGUACAGCAGUUCUUUGUUCUCGAGGUAGUGUCUCUUGCCGACACAUGGUACACAUGUAUCUUUCUUAUGCAGAGGUCGGAGAAAUACUAAGGUGUCGUUUUUUCUGUGCUGCUUGUCUCACGGACUCGUUAGAAACAACAUCCCAUUUAUUGUUCUCGACCGACGUGUCUCCCCAGGAAUCGCAAUAAAGAAAAUCCUUAUCUACAUAUCCACAGGAACCUGUUUGUUCAAAAGUGGAGGUCGUAGUAUAAAUACUAAAAAUACCCUUUUGUCCCCAUGCACUUAAAAUAAAAACUUCCUGUAUAAAGAAACUUCCUUACCGUUAAAAAUAAAUCCGCGGUGUAACUGAAAUUGGAUAUCUAGUUGAAUCUUGCUCCCGUGAAAUAAUGGAAGCUUUUGACAGAAAACAAUAUAUACUGCGACUACUUAUACCAAAGCAUAGCAAUGCUGCAUGUUUUACCCCCUGCGUCUGCAAGUAACAUCAUGUAUGUAAACUAUGUUAAAGAUUCGUCAAGUAAUUAAAAAAAAAGCUAGUCGGAGAGAAACAUGGGAUAUUGUAUCGCUACACCCGUUCUAAAAAUGGCCUAAGUACGAUGUCGUACGUCGUGACAUCAUAAACUGUUUUAAAUGGAAAUCUGUGAGUGAUACGACGACGUCCAUUGAAUAACGUUCGUGCUUUUGUGUAUAUUUUGCUAACAUGUAAAAACAAUUAAUGUAUUGAUGUCAUAAAAUAAUAAAAUAAUAUAUGUAAUGUUUGCUUUAU